CAUGGCUAUCAGAAAAAGCAGGACAGUGAGAAGAACCAGAGAGGAGAGAAAGAAAGGAAGAGAGGCUUGUGAGGAACAGGAUCAUGGAGGGGAAGGAAGAAGAUGUUAGACUCGGUGCCAACAAAUUCUCUGAGAGGCAGCCGAUCGGAACGGCGGCGCAGAGCCAGGACAAGGACUACAAGGAACCGCCGCCGGCGCCGCUGUUCGAGCCCGGCGAGCUCCAGUCAUGGUCCUUCUGGAGGGCGGGGAUAGCGGAGUUCAUGGCCACCUUCCUCUUCCUCUACAUCACCAUCCUCACCGUUAUGGGGGUGAAAAGGUCCAACACUGGUCUGUGUACCACCGUCGGCAUCCAGGGCAUCGCUUGGGCCUUCGGUGGUAUGAUCUUUGCCCUCGUCUACUGCACUGCCGGCAUCUCUGGUGGGCAUAUAAACCCUGCUGUGACGUUUGGACUGCUGCUGGCGAGGAAGCUGUCGCUGACAAGGGCAAUCUUCUACAUGGUGAUGCAGUGCUUGGGGGCCAUCUGCGGCGCUGGCGUCGUCAAGGGCUAUGGUAGGAGCCUGUAUGAGGGCAACGGCGGUGGUGCCAACAAGGUAAACGCUGGCUACACCAAGGGAGACGGCCUCGGAGCCGAGAUCGUCGGCACCUUCGUCCUCGUCUACACUGUCUUCUCCGCCACCGAUGCCAAGAGAAACGCUAGGGAUUCCCAUGUCCCUAUCUUGGCUCCUCUGCCAAUUGGGUUUGCUGUCUUCCUCGUCCACCUGGCCACCAUCCCCAUUACAGGAACCGGCAUUAACCCGGCCAGGAGUCUGGGAGCUGCCAUCAUCUACAACAAGCCCGAUGCCUGGCAUGACCAUUGGAUCUUCUGGGUCGGUCCCUUCAUUGGUGCAGCCCUUGCUGCCAUCUACCACCAAAUUGUGAUCAGGGCCAUCCCUUUCAAGUCCAGGCCAUGAACUCUCAGCGCCACCACCAUUGAGCUGCUGCUUUCCAUCUAAAUUGUUCUUGUUUUUCCCUUUCUUCUUCUGUACUGUUCAUUUUGAGGACUGUCAGUGUAAAUCAUCGUCUUCUCCCUGUAUCCCUCUGUGCUUGUUCCUGUAGCUACUGGGAGUCGCUUUGCCCUCAGUCAAAUCGCGUAUGUACAUCAAUAGAUACGUGCGUCUGUGUGCCAUUUCCCUUGCUUCGACUGCUGCAGCCUGCAAUAAUUUAAAAUCUGUAUGGACAUGGAACGGAGCAUCCAUUGAAUCAAUUUCUUUUCUCCUUGCUGUUC